AUCAAAUAUUGAAUGUAUAAACAAUUUGAAAAAGGGAAGUUUACCAUUCUUUUCAUCAUCAUUAAUAUCUAAUGAGAAAUCAGUUGAAAAUUUAAUAGGUUUUUGUCAUACUGAUCAAUCUCCUAUAGUUUCCAAUAAUAAUUCUUGCAGUUCAAUUAUGUCUCUCAAUGAUUUAACAUACAGUAAAUUUCAUGAAAUCUCUCCAAAAUAUAGUGAUAUAAAUUGUUUUUGUACUCAAAGUUGUCCAAUAAAUUCACAUCAAUUAAAUGAACUACAUCUUGAUAAUGAGAUAUCAUUUACAUCAUGUGUAUCUGAUUGUUGUUUUUGUCAAAGAUACCUCAAUUACUGUGAUCAUAAUCGGUUAGUUUCAUUUUCUUCUAAUAAUCAAUAUGAACAAGAUGAUCGAAUUGUACAAUCAUCACAUCAUCAUGAUCUAAAACAACAGUAUUACCACCAUUAUUAUUCUUGUCAACAUCAUCACCAUUAUCAUCAUCAUCAUCACCGUCGACUACAACAUCAUCAUCAUCAUCAUUUAAGUCAUGAUUUCAAUCAACGUCAUAUAAACUUCACGAAUAAUCAACACACAACAAAUACAUAUUGUACAAAUUAUCCAAAACAAAAUAAAGCUGUAAGAAAUUUUCAUUUGAAUUUAGAAAACCAAUAUACUACUAUUGGUCAACUAGAUCAAAUGAGAUCUGAUUGUAGGAAAAUAUCUCCAUCGGAUAAUAAAAAAAUUGAUUGUUCAUCACCUGUUAUCACUUUACAGUGUUUAAAUUUUACAGAAAAACAUUCAAAUAGAUUGGACGAUAAUAUUGGCAAUGUAACAAGUGUAGAUAAUAAUAAUAAUAAUAAUAAUAAUAAUAAUAAUAAUAAUAAUAAUACAAUAGAUAAUGAGCAUUCAAUCAAUACAAGAAAUAUCUCAUCAUGUUUCAUAGAUUAUCAUCAACAUCAUAAUCAAACGCUUGUACAAAAUCUUGAGCAUGACGUUGUUGAGCAUAUGAAUGAAGGUGACAAAAUUGUUAAAUGUGCAAACUCAGAAAUUAUAUGUUCAAAUUUAGUUAAUGGUAAAUCUUUUGAUGAAAAAGUACAUUCGACGAAUAUUUCAAAACCUGAUAUUGCUACUACUACUGCUAAUACAUUUCUUCAUCAAAAGUUUGUAACAGAUUUGAUACUUUUAAAACGCAUUGGUUGGUACUGGGGUCCAUUGACAGUGGAUGAAGCUGAAUUGCUAUUGAAAAACUGCACAGAUGGAACUUUUCUUGUACGUGACAGUAGUCAUGAUUCAUAUAUUUUAAGUGUCAGUUUUCGCUCUGGUGGUCAAAUUUAUCAUACAAGGAUUGAACAUCUGGCUGGUAAAUUUAGCCUGGCUCUGUUAAAUGAUUUAAAUGACAAUGUUUCAUCAAGUGUAGCUGAAUGUAUUGAACGUGUAAUGGUUGAUUCUUUUCAAGAUCGUAUGCAUUUUUUACCAACUCUUGAUGACUCUUCACCAUCUAUUAAUAUUAAUACCAGUGUACAGUUUAUUAAUAAUGAUCAACAUCAAUCUGACCAACAUCGGCAACUUCAACAAUUUAAUAAUAAUAAUAAUACAUCACAACCAUUCGAAUCCACACGCCGUUCUACCUCUACUACACAUAUUAAAGCUUCUUUAAUUCAUCCAUUGUCACGUUUUUUAAUUGUUCCAUCAUUAGUACAUUUAUGUCGUUUUGAAUUGCUAUUACAUGUUCGACAUGAUCAUAUUGAUUUAUUACCAUUACCACCGCAUAUAUUACGUUAUUUAAAAGAAAGUCAAUAUUAUGCAGAAUUUAUUCCAGCUUAUUUAGAAUUAUUAAGCAAUAUGAAUAGUAAUAAUGAUAAAGUUUAAUCACAAUUCUAAUAAUAAUAAUAAUCAAGUCAAUUUACAUGGAUUUCUUUGUUUUAUUGUAAAGAAAUUUACAAUUAGCAUUUCUAUUAUUACAUUCCAAUAUAUAACUAAGAAUUUAUUAUUAUUCAUUCAGUAUGUAUACAGUGAUGAAACGAUCAUAGAUUAUCAUGACAUUGGAUAGUCUACAGAAAUUACUAUUAUUCUAUAGUUUUAUGUUGAGUAAAAACAGAAGAAAAAAGAACAUUCUGUUUUGAUGUUGUUCGUUUAGUUCCAUUUAUUUGUUUGUUUCACAUCUAUUUUUUAUUGAUUACAGUUAUUUAUGUGUGUGUGUG